GCUGGCUGCAUUGGCACAAGCUGAAAGAGCGGCUAGCUAUGACCACCAUGCUCGAGACGGACGCGCUCAAGGAGCAGCUCCGCGUCGCGAAGGAGAAGCUCACGCUGCACCGGCGCCCGCGGCCGACGCCCGUCGACGUCUACAGCCCCGACAUCCGCGUCUGGGAAAUGAAGCUGCGGCUCGCGCUGGAGCAGAACCUCGAGCUCGAGCAGCGCCUCGCGUGGGAGAUCAAGCAGCGCAGCGUGGCCGAGAAGUACAUCCAGCACCAGAUCCGGCACCUGCAAGACAUGCUCGAGGCUGUCAUUGAAACUAGCCCGAAGACGAGCCCGCGCCGCCACGCCAAAGCGACAGCGUCGUUCGAGGACCGACAAGUGCAACAGAACUUGAGCCCGCUCUUGACCGAGGUCAUGCAAGUGCAACUCAAGUUUGCCGAAACCAUGCAGCAGCUCGACCACUCGGUGCACGCCCGUGAGAAGCUCUUGCAGCCGCCGAUGCCCCGCCGCCUCCACGACUCGUUUGCAUCGUACUCGUCUGAGAGCGACCACACAGCACCGCGCAUGGAGACGUACACGCGUAUGCUCGACCGGGAGACGCCGAGCCCCCAGCACGCGCCGCCUGUCACGAUGACGUCGUCGAGUACGUCGCCAAUGCGACCCGAGCGCCCGAUGUCCCCGCAGACCUUUCGGGCGUCAACAGCUGCCGUGCACCUCGUCCAGAGCCGCAUCGAAGAGGAAGACCUGACGACGCCCAAAAUCGACCGUAGCAUUCGAUUCCACGACUGCGACGACGACGACGACGAGACGCCCGUGCACCGCCGUGUCGAAUUUGUCGCUCGACCACCGAGCCCGUCCGAGUCGGCGUUCCUUGGCGCGAGCAUGAUCUCGUCCAGCGAGCCGAGCACGAGCUUGUACUCGAUGUGUCCAAGCAGCGACCUCGAGCGCUCCUCGUUCGUCGCCGACUUUGCGCAGUUUCGCCAGAGCCUCAAACAGUCGGCGACCAAGCUGCGGGCGGCCAGCGCGCCGUCGUCACCGGUUGCGUGGAAGGUCGACCCGGCCGCGUCGCUACGCGAACUCCAGCAACUGAAGCAGCAGCUGACGCUGGACAUGCAAAGCCUCAGCACCGAGCUCACGCUUCUCUCGUUGGACCCGACCCAAGCCUCGAAAGCCGACAUGCAGCAACUCCAAGCCAGCGUCGACGAGUGCCGAAGCCGCAUGAUCGCCAUCGACCGCCGCAUGCGCUUCUUCGCGUCGUCGCCCUAGUUGUCCUAACUUAACUCUGUACUAUUGUCCUCCAAGUCGCAAGAAAAGCCAUA